CAUCAGCGGGCGCGCAUGCGCGGAUCUAGUUUAAAGUUAAUAAAUAAAAUUGAAUAAUACAAAAAUAAAAUAAAAAUAAUAAUACAAUAAAAACCAAACAUUUUAAGGAGUAUCUCCCAAGUGAUUACGAGCAGAAAUUUUUAUUCAGAGCAUUUCACUAACUGAGCAAAAUGAGACUCCUUGGAGUGCUGGCUCUCUGCCUGAGCUUCCUGCAGUUCACCCGCUCCCAAUUGCUAGUGGACUUGGCCCGUGAUUUUGAGACCUCUCUGCUGAAGACUCGCAUUCCGGACACCACUCGCUUCUUGCCCGAGUACGACUUCAUCAUAGUGGGCGCCGGCAGUGGUGGCUGUGUGCUGGCCAAUCGUCUGAGCGAGAUUACCUCGGCCAGUGUCCUGCUCCUGGAGGCUGGCGAUCAGGAGACCUUCAUCAGCGAUGUGCCACUGACAGCCGCCCUCACCCAGAUGACCCGCUACAACUGGGGCUACAAGGCGGAACCCACACCGAACGCCUGUCAGGGACUGAAGGAAGGCAGGUGUAAUUGGCCCAAAGGGCGUGGAGUUGGUGGCACUAGUCUCAUCAACUUUAUGCUAUACACCCGAGGACAUCGCAGGGACUAUGAUGAAUGGGCGGCGGCCAAUAAUUCGGGUUGGUCCUAUGACGAGGUGCUGCCUUACUUCAGGAAAUCCGAGAGGAUUGGUAUCCCUGAGCUAUACAAGUCGCCGUAUCAUGGUCGCAAUGGUCCCCUUGAUGUCCAGUACACGGAUUACAGGUCGCAGCUGCUGAAGGCCUUCUUGAAAUCGGGCAGGGAUAUGGGUUACGAUAUUACUGAUCCCAAUGGCGAGCAUCUGAUGGGUUUCGCCAGAUCCCAAGCCACCAUAAGGAAUGGCAGGCGCUGCAGCACCAGCAAGGCCUUCAUCCAGCCGGUGGCGCAUAGGAAAAAUCUGCACGUCUCCAUGAAGAGCUGGGUCACCAAGCUGAUCAUUGAUCCUCGCACCAAAACCGCCACCGGAGUGGAGUUCACAAAGCAGCGCCAGCGUUUCGUGGUGCGGGCCAGAAAGGAGGUGAUUCUGUCCGCUGGAACCAUUGCCAGUCCGCAGUUGCUGAUGCUGUCUGGUGUGGGUCCAGCGGAUCAUCUAAGGGAGCAUAAUAUCUCUGUGGUGCAGGAUCUGCCGGUGGGCCACAACCUACAGGAUCACAUAACCCUCAAUGGACUGGUCUUUGUUGUGAACGACUCAACGGUGAAUGAUGCUAGGCUGCUAAAUCCCUCGGACAUCUUUCGGUACAUCUUCGCUGGCCAAGGACCCUACACUAUUCCAGGAGGAGCCGAGGCCUUUGCCUUUGUUCGGACUCCUAGCUCGAGCUUUGCCAAGGACUAUCCGGAUAUGGAGCUGGUUUUGGGCGCUGGAUCCCUGAGCGGUGAUCGCUUUGGCACCAUGCGUAAUCUGCUGGGCAUAACGGAUGAGUUCUACGACACCAUGUUUGGGGAUUUGCAGAACAAAGAGACCUUUGGCCUGGUGCCAGUGCUCCUGCGACCCAAGAGUCGUGGUCGCAUUUCCCUACGCAGUCGAAAUCCCUUCCACUGGCCCAAAAUGGAGCCCAAUUUCAUGCAGCAUCCGGAUGAUGUUAGGGCCAUGAUUGAGGGCAUUGAAAUGAUUCUUCAGUUGGCCCGAUCCAAGCCAAUGGUCAAGAUGGGCACUCGCUUCCAUGCUCGUCCCUUUCCCGGCUGCGAGCACUUGAAAUUCGCCAGCGAGGGGUACUGGCGUUGCUGCCUUCGCAGAUAUGGAUCGAGUUUGCAGCAUCAGUCAGGCACCUGCAAGAUGGGACCCUCCGAGGACCCUACCUCGGUGGUGGACUCCCAGCUAAGGGUUCAUGGUAUCCGGGGUCUUCGCGUUGUGGACGCCUCUGUGAUGCCUAAUGUUCCCGCUGGCCACACCAAUGCCAUUGUGAUAAUGAUUGCCGAAAAGGCAUCGGAUAUGAUCAAGGAUGCGUGGCGCAUGAGGACGACUCCUCUGACACCCUAAAUCUAUCAUUAAGCUUAUUAUUUAUUGUAUAGCUGUCGCCCCAAGUCAUUAGGCUAAGUCUGCAUGUGAUAAAGUUAAGCUAGUUAUAGUUUGUUCUACGGCUUGAAAGUUGGGUUACUUUUUCAACGAUUUUUCUACUUGUGAUUGGUGACAGAAAUGAAUUUGUGUUCAAUGUACUGAAGU